UUUUUAUUUUUCAUUUUUUUAAUUGCAGCGAUUUUUCGUUCAUUGUUGUACGAAGCAUGUGGUCGAAUAGUGAACCCGAUUUACGGUUCAGUUGGUUUAUUAUGGUCUGGGAGCUGGCAACUUUGUCAAGCCGCUGUGGAAGCCGUUUUGAAAGGCGCGCCGAUUACGCCAAUAACUUCGGAAGCAGCUGCUAAUGGGCGGGGUCCACCUCUCAAGGCGUAUGACAUACGCCACGUGUCGAAAGAAGAGAACUCCGCCGUUUCGAACGAAACUCAGCAGCGAGUCAAGACUCGGUCUCGUGUGAAGCGAUCGAACUUAGCCAAGCCGAAGUUAACAACUGAUAAUGAGGAAAAAAGUAGCAAUAACAAAGGAAUUGAAUCCGGUUCUGUUGAACCGGUUGAAGAAGUGAUGAACCGGUCCGCGAGUCAUGAAUCAUCGCUAAGCCACCAGUCUGAGGCGGUAAAUGCGGCGGCGGUGGAUGGAGAGAGUAAAGAGAGUGAUGAAAGUAUGGCUUCGGUUGAAACGGCUGAGACUUCGAUGAACUUAUUUAGAGAUGAACCGGAGUCAACCAGAGAUUUGAAACGGGUGGACCGAACCGGUGAAAGUGGAGAGGAAAAUGUUGGUUUAGAAUUGACUCUUGGGUUUGAACCGGUUUCACGUGUUCAUCACGUGGUUCCUGUGAAGAAAAGAAGAGUUGAAUUGAAAGAUUGUGGUGGCGGCUCAUGGAAGAUUGAGCUGGGGCUUCCAUAAACGGCUUAAGGGGCUUUGUGUUCCGGUUCAGUUUUGACUUAAUCGGCUUUCUAUCAUUUGUACAAGUGAAGAGAUCAUCAGAACCGUUUCUUGUUUAGUUUUUUUUUUUUUUUUUUUUUUUACUUUUUUUAAUUACCUUUUAACUUUUUUGGGGGGCAUUUUGGGUUAAUUAACUCUUUUUUUUCUCUUUCUAUUUUAAGAAAAUGUGAAUGUGGUGAUGUCUAAACUACAAACAUGGGAACUAUGUAGAUGAGAAGGUACAUUUGGAAAUUGAAAGCUUUAAGUUGUUACAAUGGUCCAUGGAUAUAUCAUGCAUGGAAA